GCCAGGGUCCAAAAUUCCACAAAAUUCCACAAAUAUUUCAAAAACUCCAAAACCACUUUCCGAUAACCAAACCUUCAGAGUCACACACUCCCCUCUCCCUCUCUCUCAUCCCACCUGCUUUACACUUGAUAAUGGCGGAACCUGAGCCUACCAAACAACAAUCUGACGGCGGCGUGCCGCUGGCGGGAACGGAGGGGAGGCAAUGGAAGCUCUACGAGGCGUACGACGAGCUGCACGGCCUGGCGCAGGAAUUCUCGACGCCGUUCGACGCGCCGGCGGUGCUGGUGGUCGGCCACCAGACCGACGGGAAGAGCGCCCUCGUGGAGGCGCUGAUGGGCUUCCAGUUCAACCACGUUGGCGGCGGCACCAAGACCCGCCGCCCGAUUACCCUUCACAUGAAGUUCAACCCCGAGUGUGACGCCCCUCUAUGCCACCUGCUGUCGGAGUCCGACCCGUCGGUCCCACAGGAAAAGUCACUCCAGGAAAUCCAGGCUUAUAUUGAAUCUGAAAAUAUGAGGCUGGAGAGAGAAUCUUGUCAAUUUUCGUCAAAAGAAAUAAUAAUCAGAAUUGAGUACAAGCACUGUCCUAACCUCACCAUAAUUGACACACCUGGACUUGUUGCCCCUGCUCCAGCUAGAAAAAACCGUGCCCUGCAGAUGCAAGCUCGUGCUGUGGAGUCAUUAGUGCGGGCUAAAAUGCAGCAUAAGGAAUUCAUCAUAUUAUGCCUUGAAGAUUGCAGUGACUGGAGUAACGCCACAACUAGGAGGGUAGUGAUGCAAAUUGAUCCUGAACUUUCGAGGACCAUAAUCGUCUCAACAAAGCUAGAUACAAAGAUUCCUCAGUUUGCACGAGCUUCAGAUGUAGAGGUUUUUCUGUCACCGCCUUCAAGCACACUUGAUGGAUUUAUGUUAGGUGAUUCACCUUUUUUCACUUCUGUCCCUUCUGGAAGAGUUGGAUCUGAACAUGAAUCAGUGUACAGAUCUAAUGACGAGUUCAAACAGGCUGUAGCAUUACGAGAGAUGGAAGAUAUAGCAGCUCUAGAAGAGAAGUUAGGUAGAUCACUUUCACAACAGGAGAGGAGCCGAAUAGGUGUCAGCAGGCUUAAGAUAUUCCUGGAAGAGUUGUUGCGGAAAAGGUAUAUGGACAGUGUACCAAUGAUCAUUCCGCUUCUUGAAAAAGAGUAUCGUACAACAACAAGGAAGUUGAAUGAAAUAAAUCUGGAACUCAGCACUUUAGAUGAAGCAAAGAUGAAAGAGAAAGGAAGAGUUUUCAAUGAUCUGUUCUUGACCAAGUUAUCCCUUCUGUUGAAAGGGACUGUUGUGGCACCUCCAGAAAAAUUCGGGGAAACACUGCAAGAUGAGAGGGUUAAUGGCGGUACAUUUAUUGGUACUGAUGGUCUUCAAUUUCCACAGAAGUUAAUACCUAAUGCAGGCAUGCGCCUUUAUGGAGGUGCUCAGUAUCAUCGUGCAAUGGCUGAGUUCCGUUUUGUUGUCGGGGGAAUCAAAUGCCCUCCCAUUACACGUGAAGAAAUUGUAAAUGCGUGUGGAGUUGAGGACAUCCAUGAUGGAACAAACUACUCCAGGACUUCAUGUGUAAUUGCUGUUGCAAAGGCUCGUGACACUUUUGAGCCUUUUCUACAUCAGUUGGGUGCCAGACUGCUUCAUAUUCUAAAGAGACUGCUCCCAAUCUCUGUUUACCUUCUCCAGAAAGAUGGUGAAUAUCUUAGUGGCCAUGACGUUUUUCUGAAGCGCGUCACCUCUGCCUUUAACAACUUUGCUGAAUCAACUGAACGGUCAUGCCGUGAAAAGUGUAUGGAGGAUUUAGUGAGCACUACUCGCUAUGUUUCGUGGUCUCUUCACAAUAAGAACAGAGCUGGAUUACGCCAGUUCUUGGAUUCAUUUGCUGGGUCAGAACACUCUACAGUUGGAUUUAACUCGUCCAGUCUUUCUCCAGAGUUGUCGUCAGGUCUUGCAGGCAACGAGAAGCAAGAGGUUAAGUCAAGGGUAGAAGUAAAACUCAAUAACUUAUCUUCAGGUAAUGAAUCAACUGGCAGUACUUCAACAACCGAGACAAGGCUAGCCGAUCUUUUGGAUAGCACAUUGUGGAAUAGGAGGCUGGCACCUUCCUCUGAAAGGAUCGUUUAUGCUCUGGUUCAACAAAUAUUUCAUGGGAUUCGAGAGUUUCAUAAGAUAGUCCACCAUUGCAGUGUCGACGUGCUUAGAAUGCCUGCAGGCGUGCUAUUUGAUGGGAAAACAUUUGAUUUCAACUGUUUUCUGCUUAUGCCUGUUGUUGACAAGUUGCCUGCACUUCUCCGUGAAGAUUUGGACUCUGCAUUUGAAGAUGUAGAUAAUGUGUUUGAUAUCACUACCAUGCGACAUUCACUUGGACAGAGAAAGCGUGAAACAGAAAUUGAGCUCAAACGGGUAGAAAAGCUUAAGGAGAAGUUCAGACAAAUUCAUGUACAACUUUGUUUAAGUCAAUCCAUGAUGAGGCCAUGAUGAUUGUUUAUGCUUUGUACUAUUUCGACUGGUCGAGAUUCGAUUUUCCUUGGUAACGUCACGCUCAUGAGACAAGGCUUUUACCUAUAUUUGGAAGAGGUCGUCAAGCCAUCCCAAAAUAAAAAGAAAUAUUUAUGAUACGAUGCCUUAUGCGAGAACCGAUCCCUAAAAUUUUUCCCUUAUUGUUUUUGCUGUUGUGUUUUGUUCAAUCGACUCACACAUUGACUUCAUUUUACACGAAUGAUGUACUGAUGUAUAAUAAAAUGCUAAAUGUUAUGAUGAAUUAUCAGUUAUCACUUAUGUUUGGUAGGCCUGGUUGGCUCAUUUUGUCUUUGCUUGCUGAUUUUUCUAUUUCACCAAAAUCUGUACGAAGAUUUAGAUAUUCUCCAAUUUUAUUU